GACAAUACUAGCUCUGUAUGUUAUUAACAGACGGUAUUUUGUACAUUCGAGGAGAAUCGUUUGAUUGUUUAAUUAAAAAUAUACAUUUUGCUUUCUCUUUCCACACGGUCUCAUUCUGUAUCAUGUAAAACAUCGAGCUACAAAUUUGGUCCACAGAAAGUGAUGCCAUAUUUUGCACAUGGCAAACAAAAAACACUGGGAAAAUACACCUUCAGAAUUCACGGAAUUUGGUCCUCUAAUCUCUGAUGUAAAGCCAUCAACUGGAUUUUUUUCUUGGUUCUUUAAAAGAAACAAAGAUGUUCCUGAUGCACAAGGUAAUUCACCAUCUCCAGCCAAUGAACCAUCAGAAGAAACAGCAGUGGAGAAUGUUUCAGUCGUUAAACAAUGCCCGCUCAAGACAGAAAGCAAUACUUCAUCACCUGAGACUGAGGAAGAAAGCAGUGUCUCUGAGGAUGCUGAAAUGCAGACAAAACACCCUGAUAGCCCGAUGAACCCUCAACGUCGAAGUCUGACAAGUGUUCUUAGUCGCAUUAGCAGUAUUUUAGAUAGAGGAAGCUCAAAAGAAAGUGAUUUUAAGCAAUAUUGGAUGCCUGACAGCAGCUGUAGGGAGUGCUAUGAUUGUGGGGAUAAGUUUACCACAUUAAGAAGGCGCCACCACUGCCGGAUUUGUGGCCAGAUCUUUUGCAGCAAAUGCUGUAAUCAAGAAUUACCAGGAAAGAUCAUGGGGCACAGAGGUGGUGUGCGUGUGUGUGAGUAUUGUUGUCGUGCAGUUACAACAUAUACAAAACAACAAGGUAGCACUUCUGGAGACCUUCAGAAUUUCAAAGAUGACUUGAAGAAUUUGAAUCCUCUUCAGAGUGGGGAGAGCUUACCACCUUCCAAUAGUGGAUCAGGUGGUAAAGAUAGUGGCUGGUGGACCCCUGUUCUUCAGAAGAGGUACACCAGUUCAAUUAUGGAUGAACAAAUUCCUCAUGGCCGGUCUCACAGUUCUCCAGAUAUUACCAAUGGUGAGUCAAAUAAGGUAUCGGCACCUUUUGACCUCACUCAUCAGCCAGAAUUUGCUAGUAUUGAAAAUAUUGCAAAUGAAAGUAAGAAACUAACACAGAAUUCUCUGCAGUUACGGGAACUUUGGCGUCAUAUUCAACAUCCUAAAGAUGGUGUUGAAAUGCAGAGUCACCGAUUUCGUUUAAAAACCUACCAACAUUGUGUGACAGGAAAAGAACUAGUCGAAUGGCUUCUGAGGAAUGGAAAGGCUGCAAAACGAGUCCAAGCUGUUGCAAUUGGUCAAGCACUUAUUGAUGCUUCAUAUCUUGAGUCAGUUUGCCGACAGUUGUCCUUCUUUCAAGAUGAUUACACACUUUACAAACCAGGAGAGGCUGCCAAUGCUUUGGAACAGACACCACCUCCUAAUAUGCCUCCUUGUGUUGAAACAAACUUUGAACCAUCCUGGUUAAAAGAAAUCAACAACAAGGAAUAUGAAGAUGAAAGUAUUAACAUCUCAUUGUCUGAUGAUCAGCAGGUUAGUAAUUUCUUUGGUGGUCAAAAGCAGAUUGAAGGGGAUUUAUAUGUCCAUGCAAACCACUUUGACUCCUCUCAAAACAAGACCAGUACAACCAAACCAAGGAUUUCUGAAAAUAAGAAAUCCUCAUCAUCAGAUUUGAAUGAAUUCGAUGCUUUACCAAAAUGUCGUCAAGAACUCCCAGAUGAUUUUCUUACUGGUACAUUAUUUGUGUCUAAAUCUGGAAAUGCUGUAGAACCUAUUAUCUGUGCCAAAGGGUGGCGAUCUACUGAAGAACUUCGAGAGAAAGAGGACUGUUUGGCAUAUGAUAGGCUAAGAAAAGUUCACAAGGAACAUCUGUCAAACUUGGUGCGCCAGUUGCUCAAUCAAGAAGGCUUACCACUCUCCUGGGAAGGCACCAUCAUGCAAACAGCCCACAAAAUCAGCCAGUUUGUAAGUCCUGAUGUACGUAAUGAAGGAGAUGACAUGGAUAUACGGAAAUAUGUACAAAUAAAAAAGAUUUCUGGAGGUCAGAGAAAUCAGACCGCUGUCAUCCAUGGGGUUGUUUGUAGCAAAAAUGUUGCUCACAAGAAAAUGCAGACAACUGUCUCAAAGCCAAAAAUUCUCUUGUUGAAAGGUGCCAUUGAUUAUCAACGAGUUGAGAACAAAUUUUCUUCUCUGGAACCCUUAAUACUUCAGGAAAGAGAAUUUUUAAAAAAUAGUGUUGCGAAAGUGUGUGCUUUGAAACCAGAUGUCGUUGUGGUGGAGAAAUCAGUAUGUCGACUUGCACAAGAGUUUCUCUUAGAAGCUGGUAUCAUUCUAAUUUUCAAUACCAAAACUAGUGUAAUGCAAAGAUUAUCAAGAUGUACCCAGGCAGAAAUAGUUCGUUCUAUUGAUGGACUGGUAAAUAAACCAAAAUUAGGCUUUUGCAAUUCAUUUAAAGUGAAAAACUUCCAGCUUCCAAAUGGUCACACCAAGACACUGUUAUACUUUGAUGAUUGUGCCAAACAUCUUGCCUGUACAGUAACUCUGAGAGGGUCUCAUAACAGUGAGUUGAAAAGAGUGAAAAAAAUAAUGCAGUUUAUGACUUAUGCAGCAUAUCAUUCUCAACUUGAAGUUUCAUUUAUUAUGGACGAAUUUGGCCUACCCCCACCCUCUGGAGAUGAAAUAGGUCUUAAUUUAGACACUGACACAUCAGAUGUUAAUUCUGAAUUGAGAGACUCUCAGCAAGAUGUAAAUAGUGAACAGAAAGAUGUGAUAGAUAACAGGGGACAUGUAUUUAAUAACCAAUGUAGGAGAGAUGCUUUUAAGACGGCCAAUUCAAUGACUUUGUCUCUUCAGCUUGUUGAAGAAGUUGGUGAUACAGACGUAGUUGAUAGUGAACCUUCAGAGAAGGACACUGAAUCUAGUAAAGAAGAUGAUCCGUCACUUGACAUUUCAACAGAAGUCAGUCAAAGCAUAGACAAUAAACUAUGCAAAGAUGUCAUGAGCAACAGUCGAAAACAACCUGGCAUAGAAGAACUCACUGAUUUCUCUGAUCCUUUACACAACUAUCUCACAACGAAGGAUGAUUCCAUAUUUCACAGUUCUGUUGCUCUCCAAGAGCAGAAGGUCGCUCAACAGCAGAAAAUUCGAAAAGCACUAGAAGAUUUAGUUCUAUCUGUAUCACCUUACAUAAAAAUUGAUCCACCAUAUUUAGAGACUACUAAUGGCUUGAAGUCAACUUUGCGGAAGUAUUUCCCUGAUGAGAUGUACUUCUCUCCAGCAUUAAGUGAAAAGAACAUUGACAAUCGACCAAAAUUUUUUGAUACCGAUGUUGUAUCACGUAUCAGUAACAAGAAAAAUGUAGAAAUUACUGAGGCACAUCCUUUUAUCAUGUGGAAACUUGAAAAACCAGUGAAAGACCCAUCUGUACAGGACAUUUUGUCUGAUUUUCGUGCUCGAGGUGGACGUAUUAAAACAACCCAGUCUGGGAGCUGCUACCAUGAUGAAAACAAGGAGGUGGCUAAAAAGACAAGCAAUGGAGAAAUAAAAAAUGAUAUUAACUAUGUAUCAUUCUAUUAUGAUCAGAAGCGUGACUGUUUAGAUCUUUAUAGCCACCAACAUCUGUCUGUUUUGUUCAGCAGUUUCUCCAGCAACUCCUCAAAUGCUCCUAAUCCAUGUGUUAAUCCUUGGAUUGUGACAAUGGAAUUUUACGGCAAGAAUGAUGUGACUCUUGGAGGUUUUCUUGAGCGAUUUUGCUUCAGAGAGUCUUAUGUUUGCCCAUCAAAGUCCUGUGACACUCCAAUGGUCGAUCACGUGAGACGCUUUGUACAUGAGAAUAGUUGUAUCACAGUGGAUCUUCGCAAGCUUGACCGCAUCAUUCCUGGAGCUGAAAAGAAUAUUUUCAUGUGGAGUCGGUGUCGCAAAUGCAAACAGGUUACCCCAUUAGGCCGUAUGACAAUGGACACUUGGAACAUGUCUUUCUCUAAAUACUUAGAAUUGAGAUUUCAUGGAAGUAUGUACAAAAGGCGAGUUAGUGCUGAACCUUGCAAUCAUUCUUUACAUCAUGACCACUGUCAAUAUUUUGGAUACAAGGAUAUUGUAGCAUAUUUCAAAUACAGCACCAUUUCACUUUGUGAGGUUGCUCUGCCCUCUAUUGUUGUUGAAUAUCAUCAUCAGCCAUGUUUACCUGCAGAACUUAACAGAAAAGCUGUCAGUCUUAGUCACAAUGAGAGGGCUGCCCUGAAUAAACAUGCUGAUGAAAUCCACCAGAAACUGCAGUUAUUAGAGUCGUUGAGUAAAAAAAACAGUGAGGGAAAAUUUGAAAAUGAAGAAGUUUGUUUUUCCUUGUGCAAUCAAAUCACAGACAGUCUGACCAGUUUAACACAGAUGGUUGCAGAAGCAGUGGUAAACUGGAAUGCAAAAAUCCAAGAUUUUCCCGUGCAAAAGAAAGAGAAGUCCAAAACACAAAGUCCUGCUGUGAAGGAACAUCAGUCAUCUUUAGAUGUGGUGGACAAUUAUCCAGCAUCUGUCCAAUCAUUUACAGACAAUAGUUACAAUUCAACUUUGUCAAACAGUCCUCAUCACACACCACAGGUUGAAGCACCUGACAUUUACGUUGAAGAGGAAUCAGUUGAUUCUCAGGCUUCCAGUGGUACGACUAUAUCAGCCGCAUCUUCGUCACCUUUACCAAUUCCACAAGAUGAUAAAGAUAUCUCUGUUAACACUGAAGUAGAUAUUUCUGACAGAACAUCAGUAACCAAAGAUACUUUAUUAGUUGGUAAUUUAGAUUCUAAUCUAAAUUCAUCACCUAAAAGUGAUGUACCUUUUGGAAGUCAAGAGUCUUCUUCACCAGGAAAUGUUCGAGAUGAAAGAGAUGGUAAACUGAGAGUUGUAAUAAGGGACAGGAAAUAUAACACUGAUGAUGUUGGGAAUGAAGAACAAGAAAAGAAACGGACAGUACUGAGUCGAAUACCAGGGUUCCGUUCAUCCACUGGAAACAUGGCAAGUUUGAGAAUGCCUUUUGAAGCUCAUGAACAUCCUCUACUGGCUAAAUGCGAACGUAUUCCUGUAAUUGUCUAUGAUACAGAACCAAGCUCCAUAAUUGCAUAUGCUCUCAGCUCUCGGGAUUAUCAUUGUCGACUCCAAGAAAUUCAAAGCCAACUUGGUUCUGUACAGAGAGACUCACCUUCUGCAAGUCCAGAACAUCAACGGAGAAACCUGAAGGCUGAAAAUGCAAGGAAUCUUCCUCUGAAGACUUCUACUGUAGGUUUGAAUUCUAACCCUGAGCAAGGAUCCAAACAUUCUGGGGUACUUGACUUUCUGCGUGGCAGUACUUCAAAAGAAAGGAGCCCCAAACUGACUCACAAGUUUGAUCUCAUAGAUAUAGUUCGCUACAAUCCAAAACUGGAUGCUGACAGUGUAGAAAGUGGAAUGGAUGUUAAUGACGGAACUAGUUCAAUUCCUGUUGAUGGGGAGAAGAGCAAACCCUGCAAGGUGGCCAUUAACCCACAUAUUGACAUCCAGUUUUCCGAUUCCUCAUCUCGUUUCUAUUGCCGUGUACAUUUCGCUGAACAUUUCAGACAACUGCGCUCUUUGGUAUUUCCUGCCGGAGAAGACGUUUUUAUUCGCUCAAUGAAUCACUGUCAACAUUGGUCGGCUAAAGGUGGAAAAUCAAGAUCAGCUUUUUCAAAGACCUGUGAUAAUCGUUUCAUCCUGAAACAGAUGUCUAAUGCAGAAGCAGUUUCUUUCCAAGUGUUCGCACCCAACUAUUUCCAAUACAUUACCAAAGCUUACCUAGAACAAAAACCAACAGUUCUUGCAAAGAUUCUAGGAGUUUAUACCAUAGGUUUUCGUAACAAUCAGACCAGCACAGUAAUGAAGCAGGACUUGUUGGUGAUGGAGAACUUGUUAUACAAUCGAAAAGUCUCUCAGACGUUUGACUUGAAAGGAUCUGUUCGAAAUCGAUUGGUCAAUUUAUCUGGGAAACAGGAAGAAGAAGUGCUGUUAGAUCAGAAUUUUCUUCAAGUCAGUGUUGACUCUCCUCUCUACAUCAGACCUCACUCCAAAGCUGUUCUAGCUCAAGCUAUCGACAGUGAUUCCAAAUUUCUAGCCAGCAACUUCAUCAUGGACUAUUCUUUGUUGGUUGGACAGGACGAUCAAAUGAAAGAAUUAGUGGUUGGUAUUAUAGAUUACAUUCGAACAUUCACAUGGGACAAAAAGCUUGAGAUGGUUGUAAAAGCCACAGGAUUUCUGGGUGGUGCCUCUAAAAUGCCAACAGUUGUGUUUCCUGAAUUGUACAAGAGUCGGUUCUUAGAAGCCAUGGAUCGAUAUUUUCCUCCUGUCCCUGACAGAUGGAGUGGGCUUGGCUAUGGACUCGAUUAUUGAGAAGAAACAAAAUUUUUAUUGGAUAUACUGACUUUUCUAUUACUGGAAUUCAUUUGAGGCUGUAUAUCACCUGAAUGAAUUUUAAAAUUGGUUGAGACAGUUUAAGACAACUGUAAAUAAUCUUAAUAUAUAUGCAUAUAUAUAUAUACAUAUAUGUACAUAUAUAUGUUUGUGCAUAUAUAUAUGUAUACACAUGCACAUAUGUAUAUAUACACACACACACAUGUACAUAUUUAUAACUUAUUUGGAAGAUAUUGCACCGUUUUGUGUGCAGUUGCCAACCAGCAGUCAGAAAGGCCAUCACCACCAAGAAGUGGUGAAUUGCAUUCCAUAUCUUUGAAGCAGAAAAAAUGUGUAACAGUGCAGGUGAAGUUAGGAAAAAAAAAUGAUCAAUCUAUUUCUUCAGUUAACAGUAACCAUAUUUUUAUGCACUUUCUUCUAUAAGAAGAAAAUUUUUGUCAUUACCAAAGACUUGAUAAUGAGAAUAACUGUUUUAAAAUUAAGACAUAGGUUGUUGAAAUUGUUAAUUUUUGUUAUAAUGUCCAUUUUUUAGUUAAUGGGUUUUGGAGAAACUGUUCAUGGCAACAUGUAACUUUGGGUAAUCAAUGAUCAAUAUGGAUUUUAGUUAAUAUCAGGUUGUAUUAUAAAUUUUUAGUAACCAUGAGAAUUAAGAUAGAUUUUAAUUAAAAGCAUUUUGUAUUACAAACUUUCUUACAUAGCCAACAUGGAUUUUACUUAACAAUAGGUUGUAUCAUGCAGUUUAGUUAAUACAUGUUGCAUAUAGUAAUACAAUAUAGCAACAGGCUGUUUUAUAAAUUUUAGUUGUUGCCAUGUUCUAAUAGAACCUAUUGUAACAUGAUAUACAUUUGAGGCAACCACAUGUUUUAGUGAAACAUUUAAGAUAACUGCAUUUUUACUUUAAAAAACUGGUCACUAUUUGUUAGAAUACAACAUACAAUUUUUUGCGAAUGAUUAUAUGUUGUACUGCCAGAUUUGUGGCAAAAACUAUAGAUAACCAAAGAUUCUACUAUUAACAAAUGUUAUGACAUCGUAGAGAAAUAUAAAUUAUUAUACAUAAACACUUGUUACACUGCAACUUUCAUGUAAUACUCAAUGUAACAAUAUCAAAAAGGAAAGGGUGAUACUGUAAGAGAGAGACAACAAGUAACCAUUGGUGAUAAUAUCUUGUACCUCAAUUACCUUUUAUAAUAUGUUGUCGGCAGUGAGGUGAUAUCUAAGAUAUAACAGCUGACCACUCAAUCAUAUUUGCUGAAAGGGCUUAUGACCUACUUACAGGAUCCCAGAAACUUUUCCUCAUUGUUUUUUGGCUGUUGUUCCUUCAACUUUUGAACUUUCAUUAUUUAAAUUUUGUGAAGGAACAUCAGCACACUGAGAAUAUAAUUACUGUAAUGUAACUAUUGUCUCAAAUAUAUUUUUUUUAUAUCACAUUUUA